GCAGUUCCCUCCGCCGAGCGUACGUACUUGCGUACUGACGCACGCAUGGCCCCGAGCGGGCGGGGGAGGAGUAGAGAGGCUGAGGCGCCCCGCCCAGUCAGCAAGGUUGCGCGUGCCCCUGUGAGACCGCCAAGAUGGUGGUGGGCGCGUUCCCUAUGGCGAAGCUGCUAUACUUGGGCAUCCGCCAGGUCAGCAAACCGCUUGCCAACCGCAUUAAAGAGGCCGCCCGCCGAAGCGAGUUUUUCAAGACCUAUAUCUGCCUCCCGCCCGCUCAACUGUACCACUGGGUGGAGAUGCGGACCAAGAUGCGCAUCAUGGGCUUCCGGGGCACGGUCAUCAAGCCGCUGAACGAGGAGGCGGCCGCCGAGCUCGGCGCGGAGCUCCUGGGGGAAGCCACCAUCUUCAUCGUGGGCGGUGGCUGCCUGGUGCUGGAGUACUGGCGCCACCAGGCGCAGCAGCGCCACAAGGAGGAGGAACAGCGCGCCGCCUGGAACGCUCUGCGGGACGAGGUAGGCCACCUGGCGCUGGCGCUCGAAGCGCUGCAGGCGCAGGUGCAGGCGGCGCCGCCACAGGGCGCCCUGGAGGAACUGCGCGCGGAGCUGCAAGAGGUGCGCGCCCAGCUCUGCAACCCCGGCCGGUCCGCGUCCCAGGCAGUGCCUGCGUCCAAGAAAUAGGAGCUUGCUGGAGCCUGAAUUUGGGCGUGGCCGUAUGUACCUAACAGUGGCCUUCUUCCCGCACCACCGCUGCCUGCGCUCGCCCAGUGGAAACCACCAGGAUCUUGAUGCAACUUGGUGUUUGGUUACCCCGGCUGAUGAGGGCAGUAUUUACCUGCCACUGGGACCAGCAGGCAAAGCGUUGCAACAUAGCCCCCUCCGUCAUCCUUCACCCCCUAACCCCACUCCAAACCAGGACGACCCGCAAGGCCCUAGCCAGCAGGACAUCGCGGGCACUCUGGCAAAUGAAAAAGUGGAACCUGGGCUUGAGCUGACUCCAAUGUAUUAUGGUUACCCCCAUCCCCGGUUUACCUGAUCAGUGUUAACCUUUCCUAAGAUGCUCCUCCCUUAUACUGGAACACCCCCUUCUUUUUGUCAAUCGGUACAGACCACUGUAAGGAAAUGAAGUGUCUUGCAGUGGCCUUUUCUCCCCGUCACCUUCAACGUCAUCUCUAGCUGGGGAUCACUGCUCUCUUCAGGAGAAAAAAGAUGUGGCCGGGAGCUGUGGCUGAGGCCUGUAAACCCAGCACUUUGGGAGGCAGAGGCAGGCAGAUCACAUGAAGUCUGGAGUUCAAGAUCAGUCUGGCCAGUAUGGUGAAACCCCAUCUGUAUUAAAAAUACAAAAUUUGUCUGGGCGCGGUGGCUCAAGCCUGUAAUCCCAGCACUUUGGGAGGCUGAGGCGGGUGGAUCACGAGGUCAAGAGAUCGAGACUAUCCUGGUCAACAUGGUGAAACCCCGUCUCUACUAAAAAUACAAAAAAUUAGCUGGGCCUGGUGGCACGUGCCUGUAAUCCCAGCUACUCAGGAGGCUGAGGCAGGAGAAUUGCUUGAACCCAGGAGGCGGAGGUUGCGGUGAGCCGAGAUCGCGCCAUUGUACUCCAGCCUGGGUAACAAGAGCGAAACUCCGUCUCAAAA